AUGCCCCACGCAACCCAACUAUCACUACAAGAAGCUCUAGGCCCAACAAUAGAAGAAGUCGUAUUCCUACACGACCACGUCCUUCUUCUUACAUGCCUAAUAACACUAGUAAUCCUAAUAUUUACUAUCACCGCAACUGCAACAACCUUAACCCACAACGACCCCUCAGAAGAGGUAGAACAACUAGAAGCCGCAUGAACAGCCGCCCCAAUCAUAAUUCUCAUCCUAACAGCCCUCCCAUCAGUCCGAUCCCUGUAUCUAAUAGAAGAAGUAUUCGACCCCUAUCUCACAAUUAAAACCACUGGCCAUCAAUGAUACUGAAACUACGAAUACUCGGACGAAACCCACAUUUCGUACGACUCCUAUAUACUACAAACACACAAUCUUCCAAAGGGCUCACCCCGCCUGCUUGAAGUCGACCACCGCAUGGUUAUACCGGCAGGCCUGCAAACCCGAAUUGUAGUAACCGCAGAAGACGUGCUCCACUCAUGAGCAAUCCCAUCCUUAGGUAUUAAAGUAGACGCCGUACCAGGACGCCUAAAUCAAAUUCCACUAGCAACAUCUCGGACCGGAGUAUUUUUCGGUCAGUGCUCCGAAAUUUGCGGAGCAAAUCACAGCUUUAUGCCUAUCGCAGCAGAAGCUGUCCCCUUAUACCACUUCGAACAAUGAUUAGCCUCAGAACAAU